AUGGAACACGAAAUCGAUGGCUGGAUCGAACAGCUCAGCCAAUGCAAACAGCUCACAGAGGCCGAUGUCAAACGACUCUGCGACAAGACCCGCGAAAUCUUGAUGGAGGAGUCCAACGUUCAGCCAGUGAGAUGUCCUGUAACGGUCUGUGGUGAUAUCCACGGCCAAUUCCACGAUCUCUCAGAGCUCUUUCGAAUCGGAGGCAACUCGCCCGAUACAAACUACCUAUUCAUGGGUGACUAUGUUGACCGUGGAUACUACUCCGUCGAGACAGUAACGCUCCUCGUCGCCCUCAAACUGCGUUAUCGCGACCGUGUCACCAUCCUACGCGGGAACCACGAGUCAAGGCAAAUCACGCAAGUGUACGGAUUCUACGACGAAUGCCUCCGCAAAUACGGGAACGCCAAUGUUUGGCGGUUCUUUACAGAUCUUUUCGAUUUCCUCCCCCUUACUGCCCUUAUCGACAACCAAAUAUUCUGUUUGCAUGGUGGCCUGUCACCCUCAAUCGACACUCUCGACCAUGUACGCUCUAUUGACCGUGUGCAAGAGGUUCCGCAUGAAGGGCCGAUGUGCGAUCUGCUAUGGUCUGAUCCCGACGAUCGUUGCGGGUGGGGAAUAUCACCGCGUGGGGCGGGCUACACGUUCGGCCAGGACAUCUCAGAAGCAUUUAACCACAAUAAUGGUCUAACACUUGUAGCAAGAGCCCAUCAGCUAGUUAUGGAGGGCUACAGUUGGGGUCAGGACCGGAACGUGGUGACGAUCUUUAGUGCUCCAAAUUAUUGCUACCGAUGCGGCAACCAAGCGGCGAUCAUGGAGAUAGAUGAAAAAUUAUCAUACAGCUUCCUACAAUUCGAUCCAGCUCCGCGGGCCGGGGAACCCCUCGUUUCACGACGUGUACCUGAUUACUUCUUGUGAUGAUAAUAACGUACAUACACUUCGUCAGUGUACAAUGAUUAUUGAGAAGAGACUUGCUAGAGCCCUUGUGCAUCCAGGCACGCCAAAAUCAGACCAAGAACUGUGUAACCUCACUUUUACUCGAUAUCGGAUAUACCUCUUCCUUCUUUCUGAGAUCCGAUUUCUUUUCCUUUUUACGUCCCGUUUUUUCUAAUACUACAUUGUUUCUGUU